ACGCAGGCGCAUUUCAUUCGUAGAAAGAAAUAGCUCAUGAAUUAGACAUUCGCUCUGUGUUGGACGGUUUAUAAAAUGAAUUUGACGGUGUUGGGGCGUCGUCAAAUCCACAUUCUGCAACGAAUUCGUGCUCUGGAGAGUGCGAUAUCCUCUUUUACAGAUGAUCGAAGUGACUUUCAUUCAGUCCACUAUGACGGAGAGCAUGAAAACAUUGAGCAGCGUCUGGGUAAACUGCUGAGAGCAGGCGGAGUGAACACAUUCCAGUUUAAAAGAGUUCCACACGAUUAUUAUGAUAGGCCUCUCGAAGUCAGACGAGAUUUACUCGCAGCGCAUUCCAUUCAUCAUCUUUGCAAGAGCAUGGUCAUGGUAAAUACACAAGCUGAUAAAAGUAUUACGGAUUGCAGCGAUCACAACAACUCAAAGUAUUAUGUCAUUGUUAUACAGUACUCCGCUCGUCUGAAUGCUGAGAAAGUAAGGAAUUUUGUAUAUUCUCUUAACAACGGGAAGAUUCCAAAGAAGAGAUUUAAUAUGAGGCUUGCACCGGAGGAAGAUGCAUUUGUUCUUUCAGGAUAUGAGCACAAUGCCAUAACUCCCAUUGGCAUGAAAACAGAUAUUCCUGUCAUUCUUUCAGAUGCUAUUGUCAAGCUCAAGCCAGAUUACUUUUGGUUAGGUGGUGGGGAAGUUGAUUUGAAACUUGGAAUCAGAACUCAGGAAUUUAUAAAUUUUGUCAAACCAUUCAUAGUUGAUUGCUCGGAUGUAUAAACAUUCAUUUGACUUAGAGAAUAUCGAUGGCAGGCAUUCUUUUUACAGAGCUUCAAUUGCUAAUUAAAGGUUUAGUCAUUAGCGUCUGAUCCACAUCUAUUCUAUGAUGUGCAAUAUGUUAAGCUAUCGGUUUAUCUAUAUCUGGAAUUUAUUAGAUAGUCCAUUCAUCAUCACAAAAAGCCUCUUGGAUGCAUAUCUUAGUUAUACCAAAAUUUUAUUGGUUUAUAAUCAUUUGCUACCAUUGAAUGACAAUCAUGGAGUUGCAUAAUGAAGAAACAGCUAUUUAUACAAUUUACAGAUCUGUUAAGCUGCCAUAUUUCUGUCUAUUUGAUCGCAAAAGAAUCAUGCGUACAUGUGAAAUUUGUGAACUUGAAUAUUUUGAGAGUUAGCUUUGUUAAAAACCAGAGUGAUUUCUGAUUAAGAGUUACUCGUGAUGUGUAAAUUUUUUAAAAAUGAUGGAUAAUAUACUUAAGUUUAUUUAGUGGUUA